GAUAUGGUCAAGAAGAGAACUUGUAGACUAUGAGGCGAGUUAUAUUCUAUGCAAGGUGGAGGACAUGGUGCAAUGCACUCUUUCUCGCAGCUUUUUCCUCUGUGCACACUCUAACACUCUAUAACCAACAUCACUGUUGCGAAUUACCUUCCUCGCCAGCAUUCCACUACACGCUACACUAACUACAAUGAUCAAGGCACAGAGAAACGAAUGUACAUUCUACAACUGUUUCCAGGGACUGCUGGACAAGAAAGCGGCGAUCCAGACACAGGAGCUCGUACUCAACAGUGCCAGUUCAAGUGAAGAACGUCCUUUUAAAUGUAAGCGUAACUUUCAUCUGCGUCUGCAGAAACCUGAGCAAGCAUUACAAAUGGGUCUGCGCCCAUUCCAACCCCCGACCAACGUUCCAGGGCUUCAACUUAUUGACAGCGCUCAAGUUCUCCCUGAUGAUUUGAAGGUCGUCAAUGCCUCAGGAAGAGUGGUUGGUGCAACUAUCCAAGAGUUCAUGCAGGGCUUGGGUAUCGCAAGUACUCAACAGCAACAUGCACAGCGCAUGCAAAUCAUGGCGUUUCAAGAGCAACAGCGCACACUGAUCAUGGCCAUGGAGCAACGGAUCCUGAGCUCUAUUGCCCAGAUUGCAGCAGGCCAAGGGCAGGGGCAAGCCGUGCAAGCUGCUUUUGCUUCUGCUUCUGACACCGGACAUUCAAGUCCGGUUUCUACAAGUAGAAAGAGAACGCGCUCAGACGCCCCUCACCUUGGAACAUUCAGGCUCUCUAGUUGUAUAUCUCCAACUGAAUAUAAGUAAAAUAAAAAUGGCGGUUUGAUGGAGCGAGUGUAGAUCGGUAUAAAAAUUGGGCAGAUGUAGAGACGGGAAAGCGCAUGAUCUCGCCUUGCUUAUCAUUUUUCCACGACAGUGAAAGCUAGGUAACUCCCUACGCGUCGGCAUGCUUGCAAACGAUUGGAGUAUCUAGGGUG